UAUGUUUUCAGUGAAAAAAAUGUAGCAUAACACAAUAAAGUUCUGAAAGAAAGUGGAAAUAGUGUCGGUCGUGACUUGUGACAUUGGCGAAAACUUUGUUUCUGAAGCUACAGUAUUUUAUAUACUCUUUUUACUGACAUUGUCUAAACUGUUUACAUCCUAACGACUAUUUGGAGAAAUACCGAACGUCAUAGAGUGACCGAUCGCAUGAACGUAGUGAUCAUAGUAGACUGACAGCUGAACAUAAGCGGUUGGAUCUGUUAACUUCAGAGAAUAUGUCAAGAAGUUAAUUGUCGAAAUUAGAAUACAUUGUGGAGCAUUAGUACCCAGCAAAAAUGUUCUACGAAUUUUUCUGGCGCACUGUGCUUUGAAAACGUCUGGAUCUCCUUGUUCACAGAUAUGCAAAUCAAUCUUGGAGGAUAUACAUCAUUGGUCACAUUACUGUUGAAUCCCAGCAAAUUAUAUAUCAACAAUGAGAUGGCACAUAAUCUACAGAUGAAGACACUUCUGCUGUGCCUAGUAACAUUAAGUUGCACGAGCAUGCUGUUUUAUUUUGGAAGCCUGCCUCGUAUAGAAAAUGCAGCAGAUGUUAAACAUGAAUAUUUGCAUUAUAUUUCAAAACCUGUGUCAGUUGAUGAUCUUUAUUUGAAGAGAAAGAGUCAUUUAGAGAGAAACUGCCCUGUACAGCAUCCACAGUUGCAGAAGGAUCUCCUAGAUCAUAUUUUAGUUGACAAAGUACAUAAACUUCUAUACUGUUAUGUUCCAAAGGUAGCCUGUACGAACUGGAAAAGGAUUUUUAUGGUUCUCUCUGGCAAAUCAAAUACAACAAAUAUACUUAGCAUACCAGCAGAUGCAGCGCAUGAUAAGAAUUUGCUAUUGAGGCUCAACAGCUUCUCAGAUUCUGAAGUGGAAUAUAUGCUGAAAACAUAUACAAAAUUCAUUUUUGUUAGACAUCCAUUUGAACGAUUGCUUUCAGCCUACCGGAAUAAACUGGAACAGCAUUAUCUCAGCUCCCAAUAUUUUCAAGCACGUUUUGGUCGGUAUAUUAUAAAGCGUUACCGUAAACACCCAUCAGAAUAUGCAUUACUUCAUGGUGAUGAUGUCACAUUUGAGGAAUUUGUUGCAUAUGUUACAGAUCCUGAGAACAAAGCAUUCAAUGAGCACUGGAAACCUAUUUAUAGUUUAUGUCAUCCAUGUAGUAUACACUAUGAUAUUAUUGGAAAAUAUGAAACGUUAUAUCAAGAUUCAGAUUAUAUCUUAACGAAAAUAGGAAUGAAAAACUUAGGAUUUCCAUAUACUUCUAAACCAUCAAAGACUACUGUAAAUAUGCACAAAUAUUAUAAAAAUUUGACAACUGAAAGUAUUUGGAAGCUCUAUAAUAUCUAUGAAUUGGAUUUUAGGUUAUUUGGUUACACAUUUCAUGAUCUUACUGAAAGCUGAUGUCAGCUUGUGAUAUAGUUACUAUUUUUUGUACAUACAAAUAUAAACCAAAAGAAUGUAGUCAACAAAAAGACAUAAUCUAUCAGGUCAACAUUUGCACAGUAAUGAGUGAUCACAUUUAUUCACAUUGCAUUUCUUCUCAUGUGUCCAUUAAUGAGGACUUCAGAACAUACAGAUGAUGUUCCCUAGCUUUUGAUCAAGUUAAAUUUAAUAUACAUUGACAAUAAACCUUCCCAUUGUAUUAUGAAACUCUCAGAUAGUGUGAGAGGAAAAAUUUUGUUUUCAAGAUUCAGAUAUUGUAUUGAAUGUCGACAAUAUAUUUCUGUAGCAGCUGUUUUAACAGGUAACUAUUCUUUGAGACUGUGAUUACAAGUUUCAUUACUUGCUAAAUGUUAGUGUUUCAGGAUUAAAUAGUUUUCAGUGUACACUGAAUGUAGGUCAUUUUUCGGAAUUUACUAUCGAAAGAGAAAAACACACACACCGUGUGUAUUUUUCAUAUAACUUUUACUUAACUGCUGUAGCUUUCAUUUGUGUAUGCAGUGCUUAACUUCGAAAAAGUUCAUUACUGUGUUUGAUACUUUGUUACUAGAGUGUCUGGCUAUUGGAAUCAUCCCAAUGGUGUGAAUUGCUGUAGAUGUAAAAUAUUGUAAGAAAUAAAGGUAGAGAGAUCCACUUGUUCUUCGAGCAUAGCUCAUCCAGUGCAAUAAAGGUUUUGUGCAAAGUAGUAUUCGUUUUCUUAUUUUAAGCUUAUUAAUUGCAGUUGUCUCUUAAAUAUGAAAAAAGCCCUCCUGUUAUUUGUGCAGUUAUCCACUCUUCUGUUAGUGUCAUAUAUUGUGUAAGCUAUGAUUCUGGAAUCAGCACGCAGUUAGAACUACUAGUGUUUUUUGGGACUCAACAAGUCGAAAAUCCUGAUACGACGUUAGAAUGUAUUGCUUCCCACGCCCUGCUCUGAUACCAGUGAGGUAAAGCUGGACUGUCAGCUGUAUUUUCUUGCAUUCUGUAGCUUUAUUGCAGUGCUAGUAGUUGUUGCUUAUCUUCAUGUGCUCUUCCUACAUGAAAAUUUAAAUAUUUUUUUUCUGAUUCAUUCCUGGAAAUAGUAUCUGCUACUUACCUGGUAUAGCAAAUUGCUCUGUACAAACUGUCAUAGAGAGAAUGCCCACAUAAUAUGACUGUUGGCAGACACACUUCAUUUGAAGACCUAUGUCCCAGCCAGGAUGUCAAUCAUCCCAUUUUGUGGACCUGGGUGCCUAAUUUUCCUUAGUUCCCUUAUACACUUUCUUAAUGUUAUGACACUACAUCCAUCUGAAGACAUUUGCAUCAAAAUUGCAGUCGGAUCUUUAGAACUUUUGUAUGUUAAUGCUCAGACUAAAUAGUUUACAGUUUGCUCCUCUGAAGUCGUAAGCUUCUACAAAUACUAGUUAUUGUUAUCUCAGCAUUGUGGAGAUUACUUUGAGAUCUAUUGCAUCCAGGCCAAAAUAUGAUUUGCAGUAUAAUGGUGUGGUGAAGGAAUGUCUCUUUGCUUCUGCACAACUUUAUCAUCUGAAAAGUGUGUUCUGCAAUGCUGUCAACAAAUUCUACCCCUCGCUCAUCUUUUUUGUAACACUGCUGAGGUAUAGGGUUGGCAUUAGUAUUAUGCAUCAAAAUGUAGUAUUGGUGUCUAAUACUGCAGCACCAGUUAACAAAUCCAGCUCUGGAUGAAUUUUGUGAAAACAUUGAAAGUAAAUGUUUCUUACUGAAUAUUUUCCUGUUGUUGCUAUGACUCUGAUAGUAAUUUCUAGCUCAUUGCACAAUUAAUGAUUUUUGUCACAAUUGGAGACAACUGUGAUUGCUACAAAGCUUUUUCCCUAGUAUAUCAUCUAAGCUGUAGAUGGUGUUAGUGCAAAUUUCUCAGUUUUCAUUAAUGGCUCCAGAAUGCACAAUAUAUCUAUCCAUAAUUCUGCAGCUGCCUUCAAAAUCUGUUAUUUCAAAGGUACAUCGUGUAGCCUUCAUCUGCUCCACUUUUAUCAAUCUCUUUCUGCAGUCCAUCAUUGACAUCUAAUGUGAAGAUGGUCUCUUGGAACUGGCUGCACACCUUCCAUGUGAAAUUGCCAAAUCCCAGAAAACAUGUUAUUUGUUUUCUUUUCCUUAUUGCCAGUGUCAAGUAAUCUAUUAUUUAUUUAUCUCAUUACUUAAUAGAACGUUUUUAAUUCUGCUGGUUGGGGCUCCCUUUGCUAUAAUCUGUGCUUUAAAUUUCCAUUUGAAGCAGUAUUUGAUGUGUUUUCCCACCACAAAAGUACUUUUGACCUUUUAUAUAAAGGGGAUGCAUUUAGUGGGUGCUUGACAUUGACAGUUUUUGGUGUCCUUCCUCUCCACAUUAGUUAUACAACACUGUUUUCAGUUUACAGAAUUUAUCAAUAUGAUGAAGGUUAUUGCAGUUGGAGGACUUUUGAAUCAUGAGUAAAUGUUUUCUAGUGAUUGCUGUAAAGUCAGUGUAGCUGUGGUUCAUCUUCAGUAGUAGCUUUCUCAUUUUUUGAUUCAUUUUUAUGAUAUGGGUGGACAUUGUCCUGCUGUCUCACAUUAUAGAUGUGUUUCAACUUGCUCAAAUGAAUAUUCCACUAGCUCAACAUCUUUCAUCUCAGUUAGUUGAUCAUAGAGGACAAAAAGUUGAUAUCUCUUGUAUGAUAGGUGGCAUUGUAUUUCCUUGUUAUAAUUUUGAAUUUUACAUCUUGCUCUGUUCUUGUGAUAGCACUCUCUUUUGUGUACUGAUGAUAAUUAUCUAUAGUUUGUCUCAUUACAUAAAUAAUGUGCUUGUUUGUUUCUUUUUUCUGCUAGACUCUCAUAUUGGUGACUGGCUUCUGCUUAGUAUAGGUGACUGCCAUUCUUGCAUAUUAUGUUGGUAUUUGCCUCGUAUUUAACUUUUCUUGUAGUCAGACAUUUUCUUUUUCAAGUCGUGAGUACUAUUUGGUAUUAGUUUAUUCUUUUUGUUUGCUUCUAAUUUCAAUUCAUUAGUCUAGUCUGAACAAUUGUCCAUAUAGUGCUUCUUAAAUUCAGCAAGUUUCUUUGUAUACAUUUUCUUAUUGGCAGUAUCCUCUGUGAAUUUCCUAAUCUCAUUAUAGUUACAUUCUAGUCAUUAAGAAAGAUGUGUCAGAGUUGUGUAUUUUUUCUUCUAUGUGUUACUGACUUUCAGUGAGAAGAACCCAGAUUAUUGACUAGAAUUACAGAGUGCCUUUCAGAUGUCAGCUAUUCCCAAGGCCAUUGUUCUCUUAAGAGCACCUACAGGAUGUAGUGCACAAUGACCUCACACUCUUCUUGUGGUGUGAUGUACUGCUUGUUGAAUGUAUCAACCAUCAGCUAUUUGCCACCACUACCCCACCAUACAAGCUUGACAGCAAGGACAUUACAUUUCAUGACCUCUCACUAACAAACAGGAAAGAAAUAAUGAGUGUAGCCAUAACAUUCAAAAAAGAAAAUGCAGUGUCAGUCAGACUCCAGAAUACUCCAGUGUAACACCCAUUCCACUACUUGGAAGAAACAAGUUAAUGAUUACUGCUGCAGCACCAUUUCUUGCCAGUUACAUAACUGAUAUUGUGAAGACUUAGUAACAGUGUAACAGUUGUUGCUUGGGUCACUUCUACAGAAAUGUAAACACACACAGUACUUAGUCUAACUGAUACUGAACAACAUCAUAUAGAGCAUGGUCUUCCAAUAAGCCCUGAGCAGUUUAACAUGAAUAUUUCAUAAAUGGUGCUUGAAUAACUAUUGCUACACUUCAUCUACUUUUGGCAUAAGUUCAGAAAUAUCAUGUGCCAUGUGUUGAAUAUUUGUGUGUCUGAUCAAAUAAUAAGAAGCAGACAAGAUGAAAUGUGGUAGAUUCAAGAAAUUACUGAGGAAGUGCAUGGUAUGUUUUGAAGGUAAUAAAUAAAAAUAAAAACAAAGCUGAAUUAUUUCAAAGUAACUGUGAAAGAGAAUACUGAAUUCUGAUAACUGAAUUGUCAUAAUAGUGGUAAUUUGGUUGGGAAAAUAUUUUUGUUUUAUAUCAGAGCUGUGGUGUUUACUAGAUGCAAAUCAUGUUCUAUUAUUAACAUUAUGCAAUGGUUUGGAAAUGAGAGAGGAAAAUGAAACUUCAUGCCACUAGUAAUGUCGUUUGUCAUCAAAAUACAUGCGUAAGUACUUUUUUGUGACAUCAUGUAAUGUAAUAGUCAUUUAAUAGGCUACUGUUUCUGUAAAAUUACUUGAUAAUGAAGUAAUGUUUACAAGCCAUGUCUUAUUUAUUCAGUUUCUAUGUAGGUGAUUUCUUUUGUAUUAGAAAUGUGAUAUUCAUUGUGUCUUUCAUGCUACUAGAUUGAAAAAAUUUUCAUUGCAUUCUUAAAACUCUUGCCUAGUGUUGAUACAUUUUAAAAAUUGGAAGCUUGAUUAGUAGAUAUAGUGUCAUAGUUAAAUCCUGUUGCCAAAAUCAAGAUUGUAAUGAAUUAAUGUGUAGGUGAUGUCUGUUGCUCAUUACAUAUUUUAAAAAAUAAAUAUAUA